GCAAUUUAAUCGUCGUGAAUUAAGCACCAGGGAACGUAAUUACGCGUAGAACAAAGCACUGGCCCCGCGGUCCGCGCUGCAAAGUAAAUACGGAAAUAUAAUGGUACAAAUUUGUCGCGAGUGCACGGCUGCAUCCGUUAUCGGCGGCCAUUGCGAGGGCCCGCUAGCUGCGACUACAGGUGGGGGCUCACGAGUGCAAUUUAAAAGUCCAUUUGUUUCUGGAUAACGUCAGGAAACGCCGACGCCACUAGUACACGCAUUUCAUCCGAAAAAUAUUGUACAUGAAAGUGGUAUAUACCGGGUAAUACGUAAUGGUUGUGCGCUGGUUCCGUGGACGAUGAGUUAAAAAUGAAGGAGUUAGGGUGAAAAAAGAAGGCGAGAUGAAUUUAGUGAUAGAUUGGAAGCACGCUUUAGUUAAAGACUUCUUUCUGGGAAUUCCAAUAAACGAAUAUGAGAGGAAAAAUGAUAAACGAAAAAAUUUGUCGAAUGAAGAUAAUAAUUACCAACUAUAAAAUAGUAAUACGAUUGCCACAUAUAUAGAUAUUAUUUAUUUGGCAAACGGAUUUGAAAUUCCCACCAAAGUAAACGUGACGCAAAAUUGCAUAGCAAGACAUAUGAAUCAAAGUGGGGGAGAAAGCGAGGCCCAGUAUAAAACAAACUUUAUUUAGUCAAGGACGAGAAUGUCAGGAUGGACAAAGAAACCUGGAGAUAUCUAUCUAUUAAGAGGAUAUCAACAGUCUACUUCGCAAAAUGAUAAAAAACAAGAGGAUGGAAUAACAUCUGAAAUUAGAUCAUCUUUGGAGGAUUCUAAUGCCACGAUACAAUUUACCAAUAAUCCUUAUAUGCAACAACCACCGUAUAAUCCAUUUUACAAAUCAAACGAGAAAGUCAUUGACGAAAUAAAACUUAUUGAGGAAGAUGUUACAAAAAGAAUUAAACGAAAUACAAAGUGCACACUAGGUAAUUGCAUAACGUGUUGUAUCUUCUUCGUUAUUGCAAUUAUCAUCAUAUUGGUCUUUCUUUUAUAUUUUGUCACAAAAAAUCCAAAAAUUGCGCAAAUUUUAUGUAACUUAGCAAAUAAGACUAACAAUUUGCAGGAAAAUUAAGAGAGAUCUUGACGCAAACAAUAUCUAAUCCAGAUAUUAUUAAAAAAUUGAUUAACUAUAUCAACAAACUUAACAUUUGGUUAUCAAAUGAAUAUAUCAAAUAGAAUAUAAUUAUUUGAAAAUAUAUUGUAGUUAAUAAUAUUAUAUUAUAAAUAUUUAUAGUAUUCUUUUUAAUUAAUAUAUUUUAUCUAGUACGUCAAAAUGAAUCUGAAAUUUUGUCUUCUCAGAAUAAAUAAAUAAAAAUGUUCUUAAAUUUUUUAAAUUAUUUUUUAAAUUUUCUUAUUUUGUAUAA